GUGACUAGCCCAACAGAGCCCAAGCUUGCAGAACCAUGCCACGUUUACUGCUGCUAUUUUUAUCUCGUGUUAGCGGAGCGUGGCUGUGCGACCACUCAACGGCUCGUUCCAGACGUAAUUCGGCACGAGCCACAAAAAACGAAUGUCACGAUACCGUCAAUUAACCCUUGUAGCUCGUAGGUGUCGCCGAGUCUACCAUUAGGCUCUGCGCAAUACGAGCACGUCACAUCGCAACAGUUGCCGGAAUGUAAAUGGGGCUUUUUGUGUCUAAUUACAGUAGCCUUUCCCUCGUCCUUUCAAGGGGUUGCUCCCUUGAUCAUGUUAUUAUUGUCUCAGUAUAAUUUCAACUAAACGACCCCAUUCUUUUCUUUCUUCAUAUUUACUCUUUUAUCCUCUAGCUAGAACGUCACUAUUUGUUUUAUGAAUUUACGAUCGUGCUAGUAUAUACCACAAGCAAAAUGGUAAAGAGGUUCGAUGGCCUGGAGUUUUGGGAGCAACGGUGUAGAGCUCUCCAGCUGUCGCAAACGCCCGCUACCAACUCACCUACCGACAGCGAACCAUCCCUGUCGUUCGAGAGCCCAGAAAUACCCAGCGCCGAGCCAGCAUCACCGGCUCUGUCGUUAAUAAAAUGGCCGACGACUGCGAAGCCGUUCGAAAGCAUUGAUGAUUCCGAACCUGUUUUUAUUCAGACUGUUUCUGCGGUCCACAAUGUCCGCAACUCCAUGUCCUUUUCGCCCUCAUUGGACCAACAUAGCCAAUCUGCAUGCGUGCUACGGCCAAGCAGCUUUGAAGGGAAGGAGGAGUUCCUCACUGUUAUUAGCAGAGGCGGAUCAGACAUAAAACGCGACAGGAGCAUGGAUGAGAGGAAGUCACCGUCAGCUGGCUCAAAUAUUACACAACUCAGAAGAAGAUCACCACUACGACUCCAAACAACCAAUUUGUCCGCAAUGGCACAGCAUCAACAAAGAUACUCAAUGAUGCCAAAUCUUCCGGCACCAAGUACCAACAAUUCACCACUUUAUUGCAGACACACAUUGAGUGCGUCAGCAGAUUGCAACAAGUGCAUCACCCAACAAACAGACGAAGCAUUCGAAGCUCUCACAAACGCCCUAAACAACAAACACCAAGACGAAACAAAACGCCUAACAAUCAUCCGACCGACAAUAGACUACCGCAUGCCAUCGCUCAAGGCACCAAAACCAAUUCGACCAAAGAUGAUACGCAAGAAGACCCAGCAGUGGACAGAGACACAAGAAGACCUUGAUAGCUCCACAGCGAGCUCUUUGUCAAGUCCGAUGAGUCCAAUGAUGGCAAUCCAGAUCUCGUUGGAUGGGAAGGAGCUUGAUAAGUCUCAAAUUCCCCCGAUGGGAUGUAAUCUGGAUCAUGACCUGGACGACUUUUUGAAGUGGGAGGCACGGAAUGUAUGUGCCUAUGGAUAUGGGACAAAUGGAUAUACCUUUUCGACAUAGAUUAGGAAACGAUUUAAUGAUGGGAGGAUGAUACGCGGUUAAGUUGCUGGGCAUCCUAUGACUAGAAUAUUCCCUAAUAAUGCCCUCGUAAUUGAUACAUUCGGCUACUCAGAAGUAGGCGAGAUCAUUUCACAAGACUCCUCAUCUUAUCAGUGCACAUCACAUAAAGAGUUUCAUAUAUCUAUUAGCGUUUGUAAGAAAUUAUACUCAGCUCCAGAUUUCAUCAAUGAUCAUAACGUUACCCUAUUAAUGUACGGCGGAGGAUGGACUAGUUGGAUAGAAUUGAAGACCCAUUAUGUCGGCUAUAAUAUACAAACUGGGCAUAACCCCAAUGAUUCCAUC